UUAGUUUUUUUUUGACGUCGUCGCUAGAUGGUGUCGCGCACGCGAAAAAAAAAAAGAGAAAAGUAGCGGCUGAAGCAGUUUCAAAAUGUCGUCCGAUCGCAACGUCUGCGUUGGUUCUCGGGUGUCGGAUCGUCAAAAGGAGCUUCUGCUGGCUUUUGUGAAAGAGCACCCACAGAUCGCGACGCUGUCGUGCCCGCUGGAGCCGUCGUUCACGAGGGAGGACCGGGACGACAUGUGGCAGGAGCUAGUAGCGCAUUUGAACGAAGAAGUCCCUGUGCGUAACACCAGGGCCCAGUGGCAGGCCCGAUGGAGGAAUGAGCGCUACUAUUCGCAGCAGGGUCUUGCCAAACUCCGAGGGCAGCAGAGCGGCACCCGAGGCGGCCAGAUUUCGGAUUACCGCGGCCGCGUCGUGCUUGACAGGGACGAGUGUGCGAGGCCCAUAGUUCGGGUGGUCUGAAUCGGUGAGCCCUGCUCCAGCUGCUACUGGUGUGGCUGAAGAGGAUGUGGCCCAGGAUCUUCCCCGUGCCCCAACUCGUAAGUUUCGCUGAUGUUUUUGAUUAACUGUAGAUGGUGUUACAUGCUCACAGGUGAUGCUCAUGC